AUACGCAUGCUACCCAACUGGGACGAUACAGGAGAUAUUCCAGUGGAGACACUCGCACGAUUCGAGAAGGACGUUAAACGAACCGACACCGGGUUCCUGGCAAUAGCGACAGAGGUGGAAGACGGCAAGGAGAAGAUCUCGGAACCUCCAGAAAAAAUCAAGGAAUUGCUGAAGGAGUUCCAAGACAUUCUUCCUGACGACCUACCGAACGAGCUACCGCCAUACCGCACACAUCAACAUGAGAUCGUGGAGGAACCAGGUUCGAAGCCGACCUUCCGAGCACCAUAUCGGCUAAGUCCUACGGAGCUGACCGACAUGAAGAAACAAAUCGAGUAUCUCCUGGCCAAAGGACUCAUCCGACCAUCUACUUCACCGUACGGUGCCCCAGUACUCUUCACCCCGAAACCGGACGGAAGCCUGCGCAUGUGCAUCGACUACCGAGCUCUUAACAAGCAGACCAUCAAGAAUAAAUAUCCGAUACCGCGAAUCGAUGACCUGCUUGACCAGCUUCGGGGAGCUACGGUAUUUUCCAAACUGGAUCUGCGGUCCGGAUACUGGCAGAUACGGAUGGCGGACAACUCUAUCCACAAAACUGCUUUCCGAACUCGGUACGGAUCGUACGAGUAUUUGGUCAUGCCGUUCGGACUCACCAACGCACCGGCAACUUUCCAAGCCGAAAUGAACCACAUUCUACGACCACUUCUGGACGAGUGCGUGGUGGUGUACCUGGACGACAUCCUCAUCUACUCGCGCGACAUGAAGCAACACGUCGAACACCUGCGACGCGUCUUCGAAAUUCUUCGACGGGAACGAUUCUACGUCAAACUGUCCAAGAGCGAAUUCGCCCUGGAGAAGGUCCAAUUUCUAGGCCACAUGGUGAGCGCUCAAGGAGUUCACGUCGACCCCAAGAAAAUCGAAGCCGUACGUACGUGGAAGACACCCGAGAACGUGAAGGAGUUGCAGCAGUUCCUAGGCUUCGCUAAUUACUACAACAGGUUCGUGCCACAGUAUGCGAAAAUCGCAGCACCACUCACGAAUCUGCUGAAGAAGAACACGCCCUACAAAUGGGAGACGAAGCACCAGGAAGCCGUGGAGCAGCUGAAACAAGCACUGACAUCCGCACCGGUGCUUAUCUUGCCAGAUCCCGAACGCGACUACGUAAUCGAAGCUGACGCCAGCGACCAGGCAGUGGGAGCAGUUUUAAUGCAAGACCAGGGGAAUGGACUGCAACCAAUCGCCUACCUCAGCAAGAAACUACACGGGGCAGAACUUAACUACCCGAUACACGACAAAGAGGCUCUUGCCAUUGUCAUCGCCUUCAAAGCGUGGAGAUGUUAUCUCGAAGGACGCAGAACAACCGUCUACACCGACCACUGCAGCCUGAAAUACUUGAAGACACAACCCAACCUUUCCAGGCGGCAGGUCCGGUGGAUCGACUUCCUCGAGACGCACUUCCACUACGACAUCGUGUACAAGCCCGGCCACAAGAACAAAGCAGACGCUCUCAGCCGGCCUGCACACGUUGCCGCUAUUCAGGCUGAAGGGAUGAAUCCACUACUCAAGGGACUCUUCACACACGGGUACGCCAUCGACCCCGAAAUUCCCUUGGCAGAAAAAAGACACCUGCUACAGUGGGACAGUGACAUCGCGUACCGGAAAGGAUCUACAAAAAUCUGGGUACCCAAUUACCCUCCUUUGCGCCAGUUACUACUCGAAGAAUACCACGACGUCCUGUACGCCGGACACUUCGGUAGCAACAAGACGCUCACCGGUAUCGCCAAACACUACUACUGGCCCCAUAUGGCAGACGACGUCCAGAAAUUCGUCACCUCGUGUGAUACAUGUCAGCGGAUGAAGAGCAGCAAGCAGAAAAAGGCGGGACUACUGCAGCCUCUUCCUGUCCCAGAACAACCAUGGCAAGUGGUUAGCCUGGACUUCAUCACCGGGUUACCACCUACCUCCAGCGGUCAUGACGCCAUCCUUGUCGUCAUUGACAAGUUCUCCAAAAUGGGACACUUCAUCCCGACACACACGACGGCACGCACCGAGGAGACAGCACAACUCUUCGUUCGUCACAUCAUCUCACAGCAUGGCAUCCCAACCACACUCAUUUCUGACCGAGACCCCAAGUUCACCAGCAAGUUCUGGAAGGAACUUAUGUCUCUUCUCGGCACCAAACUCGCCAUGUCAUCUGCAUACCAUCCGCAGACAGACGGACAGACCGAGCGCCUUAACCAGAUUGUUGAGCAACUCCUCCGAGCAGCCUGCAAGGACGAGAUCUCCAAAUGGGACUUGCACCUGCCUGUUUUAGAGUUUGCCUACAACAACGCUACACACGCCGCUACGGGACAGACGCCGUUCUUCCUCUGCUACGGACGCCACCCACUCACACCACAGAAACCGACAACACCAGCAACAGUCCAACCUGCACACGACUUCAUCACAACCAUGCAUCAGCUUUGGGAUCGGACCCAUAAGCGCCUCCUUGACAUUCAACAGCAACAGAAGCGUCAGGCCGAUCGCCAUCGCAACGACCACACCAUUUCCGUGGGAGACCAGGUGCUUCUCGACACCCGUAACCUGGACAUCAGCCAUCUCCCAUCUAAACUUCGACCUCGCUUCUGCGGGCCUUUCCUCGUGGAAGCACAGGUCACCCCUGUUACCUUCCGCUUACGCCUGCCAGCUACCUGGAAGAUUCACAACGCCUUCCAUGUCCAACUUCUGAAGCCCUAUCGGGAUCCUAACACGAUCUUCGUCGGACGCCAACCGCCGCCGCCGCCGCCCGUCCUCGUCCAAAAUGAACCCGAAUACGAGGUCGAGUCCGUGCUUGCACACCGCCGUCGUCGGAAUGGUACCGUGGAGCUUCUUAUUCGCUGGAAGGGUUAUGAUCCUUCUGAGGACAGCUGGGUCUCUGAGUCCGACAUGGGUAACGCCCGUCGUCCUCUGCAUGACUACCUUGUCAAGCAGGGUAGUCUACUGUUCCGAUUGACACAUCCAGGGUUAGAGGAAUUACGGAAAUUGUUAGAUUACUUAUUGGAGAAAAAAUUCAUCCGACCGAGCUCCUUGCCAUUUGCCGCCCCCAUACUGUUCAUCCUGAAGAAACACGGUGGGUACCGAAUGUGCAUUGACUACAGAGCACUGAACCGUUUCACUAUCAAGUCGCGUUACCCCAUUCCACGUGUCGACGAACUGAUCGACCAGCUUCGCAAAGCUAUGUUCUUCUCCAAAAUAAGUUUACGAGGGGUUAUGCCCUUCGGUCUGACGAACGCCCCGGCAACGUUUCAGAUGACCAUGAACCAAAUCUUCAGUUUGCUCGUAGAUAAGUGUGUUAUAGUCUACCUAGACGAUAUCCUGAUCUACAGCGAGACCCGGGAACAGCACUUGAAGGACCUGGAAGGAGUUUUCACACUACUGCAGGAGCAUCGGCUGCUCACGAAGGGUCUAAGUGCGAGUUUUAAAAAUAUUGCUUAGAAUUUUUCAUACACGUAAUUUUCCGCGC